CUUUCUCAUCCAAUGAUCGCUUGGGUCGUUGAAGAGCAUGUAUACUAUAAAAAGGAGAAGAAAAGAAGGCUUUUCUAUUAAUUUUAUUGUUCCAAAGAAGCCAAUCCACUGGAAAGACUGCAGGGCGGACCAAGUUUUGUGCCGAGGACACAGGAAGAAGGGGCACUCGGAUGCUGCGCGUGGCCAAUGGAUUCGAAACGAUGUGGACUCUCGACUCCGUUCCAUUACCUUGUCACGAAGUAAUGUUUAGUGCAUUGCCCUUUACCUAGUCUGCUGCCAGUGUGCAGAGACGCAUGGAUCCCCUGUUUCCGAGAGGAUUGUCCACGCAAAGGUGUUCGACCAAAUGCCUCAUUCUCGAUCACUGAAUGGUUAAGUGAGGCAGCACCUCAUACUCGAUUAUCGAAGGAGCCUGUAGGGCCUGGUUUGCAAGAACCUCAGGCGAAAAGACGAUAUAGCGCAGCCUUGGAGCUUGUUGGUCCAAUUAGAUUUACAGUAACACAUUGUUGCCUUUCACAUGAACAUUGUCGUCAUUUCAUCUUAAUUUCUUCCCUUCUUUUAUAUUUGAUUUCUGGUCUCUAUUACGAAGCGAAGUGCAACUCUGAGCACAACUUUCUCUCGCAAGCGUCUAUCUGCUUGUCGAUGCCUUCCGCGGCGAGAUUUCUCCUGACGGAAUCUGAACAGUUACCGUCGUUUCCGCCGUCGGAGUCGGUCCCCAUCGACACGGAUGUGGUGGUGGUCAUCGCCGCCCUUCUCUGCGCCGUGGUCUCAGUCGCGGGGCUUGCCCUUGUCGCCCGCUGCGCCUGCCUCCGGCGCUCGCCCGUGCUGCCGUCCAACAAGGGCCUCGAGAAGGAGGCUUUGCGGGCGCUGCCGACGAUCUCGUACAGCGCCGGCGGCGGGGGCCUGGUGGAGUGCCCGAUCUGCCUAGCGGAGUUCGAGGAGGGGGACGAGCUCCGGGUGCUGCCGCAGUGCGGCCACGGGUUCCACGUCGGGUGCGUCGACGCGUGGCUCCACUCCCACUCUAGCUGCCCGUCCUGCCGCAGGGUGCUCGUCGUCGCCGCACCACUGUCCCGGUGACGGGGUCCAGUACGAGGUCCGUCGACGCCAAGGGAGUUUGGAGUGACCUGUUGCGUUAUGCGGUAUGUCAGUAGCAGAACAGUAUCGUGUAAAAAUAAUAUAAAUUAAAGAAAAAAAAUCCAAAAAAUCCAUAU